AUGGCCGAGCUAGGCGCACUGGGCGGUGGCGCUGGGAGUCCCGGGACCGCCGAGUUUGCUCUCCAGAUGGCUGUGACCGUGUUCAGGAAAUUGAAGAACCUAGACUGCCCCUUCCUCAUUGGGUUGCAAGUCUCGGAGCCACAGACGAUCCAGGAACUGCUUUGCAGCCCCUCCAAGUACCGUCUGGACAUCCUGGAGUGGCUGUUUGUCCGGGUCUGUCCCUCCUUACAGGACAAGUUCAGCUGUCUGAAGGGGACCCAGACAGAGUGGAAGAUCCAAGAGAUGGUGAAACUCGGCCAAGAGCUGAUGCUGUGUGGGCCAGAGGACCAGGACCUCGUGAUGGGCUGUGCUUGUGCCCAGAGGCAGCUGUAUUUUAUGGACCAGAUGCUAGAUGCCAUCCAGGGCCUGGACCUCUGCUGCUCCCCUGGCUCCAGUGCCGAGCAGCACUUCCGCGCUACUAGAGAGAAGAACCAAAUGCUGCUGGGGGACCUCCUGUCCGACCCCAACCUGCAGACACUCCUGAGCCCUGAACGUGACCUGUGGCCCAUGGAGGGGCAGGACCUCCUUGACCAGCAGCAUGCCUUCUCCCGCAGGCCAGGCCUCUGUUCGGAGCAACAGGAGGAGAGGGAGCUGGCGGAGCUGGUCCUGCGGCUGCAGGAGAGCACGGCCAGGCUGCAGGCCCUCCAGGCCCAGCACUUCCCUCAGCAUAAGGAAGGGGCUGCAGUGGCUGCCGCCGACCCCAGCACUUUGGAACAGAGGCUGCGCCUAGUCGUCUCCGACUUCCACCAGCUCAUGCUAGCCUUUCUCCAAGUGUAUGGCGAUGAGCUGGGGGAGUGCUGUCAGCGCCCAGGUGCCCACCUCCACCCUUGUGGUCCCAUCAUCCAGGCUGUCCACCAGGCUCUGACUUCCUGCCAACAAAUGCUAAUGGCUGUUGUGGAAGUCACCGAUGCCUCCAUGAGGGCCAUGGGCACAGUGGCCAAGCAGCACAGUGAGGCCCUCUGCUGGGACAGUGGCAGCUCUGUGAUGAGUCUAGCUGCCAAAAUGCAAGAACUCUCGCAGCAGUACAAGCUCUUCAGUGAGGCCCAGCGCAAAGGCCCUGCCUAG